AUGCCGCUCGUCAUCCCAGACUCAAGUCAAAUUCCCACCGUCGUGGGAGACUACUCGACGGUCACCACCGAAGCUCUGCGAGGACUUAACGCCGAGACUCUCGUUCAUGAAAUCAAGCGACUCCAGGAUAGCGUUGUACGACUUGAGGACUCUAACCGCCAAAUUGAACAAUUCGUCCAAGAAACAGGCAACGAGCUUGAUGACAACGAUCGCAAAGAGAUGAAGAAUGCUUGUGUCGACAACGACGGUACCAUCGCCAAGCAGAACGACGUGGUAGAGAAGCUCUUCGAUGUGCUGGAAGAGAAGACUGGCUAUCAAGAUACGCAAGCCCACUACGGUCUGACACGGCCUUCCAACACGGCAGCUUUGGCAGCGUCGACCGAUCAAGCUCCGAUGCAAGAGGACUCAGAGGGUGUCUUUUUAUGA